AGGUUUCGGAGAACUAUGGGGAUGAAAGAGGCGCAUUUCUUGCUGAUAGCGGUUUUAUCAUCAUCAGCUGUGACAAGUAGUUUCACUGACUUGCUACGGAACGUGUUUCAUUCGGGAAGGGAUGAGAUUGACACAAAGGGGAUCAAUUAUCCAAUAAUGUACAGUGGAAUAAGGAAUCAACCACAAGUUCCAGAUCAUUUUCCAUUCCCUUGCAACGUAACAUUCGGAAGAUCUCUGUCUGCCCCUGAGAGCGUGCAUCAGUUGAGACCUGGCGACAUAGAUGUUGUCGGCGGUCUAGGCGAUUCGUUGGUCGCCGGAAGCGGAGCUUUAGAAGAAUUCGCAAUUGGAACAUUCAUAGAAGCUCGCGGAGUUAGCUGGUGUGUAGGUGGUCAAGGUGAUUGGAGACGGUUCUUAACCGUUCCUAAUCUACUGAAGGUAUUCAAUCCCAACUUAACCGGGUAUUCGACGGGUACAGGAGAAUUUAUUUCUACGAAGGCGAAACUAAAUAUCGCCUUUCCAGUCGCAGCUACAGAAGACGCAUUGCAGCAGGCUCGAAUUCUCGUCCAACGGAUCAAAAGCGAUCCUAAAGUCGACGUUAAACGACAAUGGAAGCUCAUCACUAUCUUUUUCGGUGCGAACGACAUAUGCUCUGCGCAGUGCUACAGUCCUGCAAAGUUUUCACCGGUUCGUUACGCUCUUCAUAUACGAAGGGCAUUGGACUUUUUAAAAAUCGCUCUACCUCGUACACUAGUUAACCUUGUGCCAGUUAUAGAUGUUACAGUCUCCAUAAGAGUGCCUCGAAGCGCCAUGUGCAACAUUUUGCAUCCCCUCUACUGUGCUUGCAUGCACAAGGGCAGUCAGCCGAGCAAUACAGCCUCCAAAAUGUCGCAUCUUUAUCAACAAGCAGUGGAAAGCCUGAUACAUUCAGGAAGAUACGACAAAUCGGCAGAUUUUACAGUGGUCCUGCAACCAUUUAUUAAAUUGUUUAAUGCUCCAAACGCGGAUCCAAAUAGAGCAUCGCCAAUCGACCCCAACUUGGUCACAUACGAUUGCUUUCACUUUAGCCAAAAGGGCCACGCAUUGGGGGCGAAUCUUUUAUGGAACAAUAUGCUUGAACCAGUUGGAAACAAAACGAACCACGGACUGCCUGAAAUAUUCGAAACAGUUCUGUGUCCGAACGAGGAAGCGCCAUAUAUAUUUACAAACGUCAAUUCAAGGUACUUCCACAUGACUGGAAGACAAGAUGGCAUUAUGCCUAGAUAA